CUUUGUGUCAUCCUCCUGGAUUUCUGCAGCCUUCCGCUCCCCGCACCCCCCACCCAUCUCCUUCCAUGGUGACUGACCAUCCCUUGACAUAGCCAAGGAAUCAGAGCAAACGGGGAAGCUGCAGCAUCCUGAUGGGAAUGGCCUCCCCUCGAACCGUCACCAUCGUGGCCCUCUCGGUGGCCCUGGGGCUCUUCUUCGUCUUCAUGGGGACCAUCAAACUGACCCCCAGGCUCAGCAAGGAUGCCUACCAUGAGAUGAAGCGGGCCUACAAGACCUACGUGAGGGCGCUGCCCAUGCUGAAGAGGUUGGGCAUCAGCUCCAUCAUUCUCCGCAAGAGCAUCGGCGCCCUCGAGGUGGCCUGCGGGAUCGUCAUGACUCUGGUUCCGGGCCGCCCUAAAGACGUAGCUAACUUUCUGCUGCUGCUGCUUGUGUUGGCCGUCCUCUUCUUUCACCAACUGGUGGGUGACCCACUCAAGCGCUACGCCCACGCCUUGGUCUUUGGGAUCCUGCUCACCUGCCGUCUGCUGAUUGCACGCCAGCCUGAAGACCAGCCUCCGGAGAAGAAGACCCUGACGGUGAAUGGGGAAGAGCAGCAGUUGCUGGCAGACGCGGCCCCAGAGAAGGGCAAAAUCAAAGUCUCCUAGUGGGUGCCUUUGCCCGGGACCUACGGACCCUCUUUACAGCUCUCUGUGCAGAACAGCUACAACAGAGCCAACCUGUUUCUUUCUGUCCUUGAUUGAUUGAUUGAUUGGUUGAUUGAUUUUGGAAAGGGUUCCGUUUUGGAGCAUGGGGAAAAAAAUCCUUCAAGCGGCCGGUUAAAUCUCAACCUGGCUUUAUGCACUCUGAACCUCUAGAGCUGCCCUCUCUGCUAUAUAGCCCUCCACCUCCCACACGCCAGUGUGUCAUCGUCAUAUAUCGGAUCUAAAAAAAAAAAAGAAAUGUGUCCCUUUGUAUUGAGUGUGUAAGUGUCCACGUGCAUCUGUGUCUCUCUGUGUGCGUGUGUGUGUGUGUGUGAAAGAAGUGGACGGCUGAAUUGCUUUUGCCUGAAUUGCCUCUGUGCCAAAAUGCAGUCCUUCGGGGCAGAAACCCUGGAGAGGCGGGGUGGGUGGGUGGGAAUUCCCAAUGCAGUCUUUGCUCAUUCACUUUCCUGGUUCCUCUACGCCGAGCAAUGCAUGUCUCCACCCCUUUCUCAGCAGAUAGUUAAAGGACCUUGCAGAGACAAUCAUCCAUCCACCAGGCCUCUGCUCUCCCAAGUCUGUCUGUUGGUUGUUGGCAAAAGAUCAGAGACUAUUCCCGUGAGGGCGAACCUAUGGCACGCGUGUGCCCAAAGUGGCACAUGAAGCCAUUUCACCCGGCACGCACGGCCUUGCCUGUUUUGUCUUCCGGCUUUCUGGCGUGCAUGCGCAUGCGAGGAUCAGCUGUCCUUCAUGCGCGUGACAGUGCUGAAAACCAAUAUGUGCAUGCACGCCAGCCAGCUGAUUGUUGGGUGUGCAUGUGCGCCAGAACCCGGAAGUUCAGCUUUUCCGGAGCAUGAUCCCUUCGCACACGCGGCACUGCCAAAAACCAGCAUGCGUGCUGGCCAGCUGAUCGCCGGGCACACAUGCAUGCUAAAACCCGGAAGUUUGGCUUUUCCGGAGUACAGCCCCGUCGAGGGCGCUCAUGCCGAAUCUGGACGGCAUUCGCCAUCACUGGACUAUUCAUUAUCUGUCCCCGUGUAAAUUUGCGUCUUUGGCCAUCCACUCUUACUCACAAGAGUCACAGAUUAAGGCAGCGGUGAAAUCUAAAAUUUGUUACUACCGGUUCUGUGGGCGUCGCUUGGUGGGGGGGGGUAAUGUGACUGGGUGGGCGUGGGCAUUUUUUUUUUUAACUUUUAAAACCAUUUUUUCUACAACCUCUUCGGUGAAGAAGUUGUAAAAAAAUGCUUUCAAAAGGCUCUGACGAUCCCAGCUGAGUUGCCUGAUCGGCAGAGGCUUUUUAAAAAAUCCUCUGCCGAUCAGGCAACUCAGCUUGGAUUGUCAGAGCUUGGAUCGUCAGAGGCAUUGAAAAGAAAAAAACUUUUUUUUUCUUUUAAAUAUCUCUGACGAUCCCAGCUGAGUUGCCUGAAUGCCGAUCAGGCAAUUCAGCUGGGAUCGUCAGAGCUUGGAUCGUCAGAGCCAUUUAAAAGAAAAAAAAGCCUCUGAUGAUCGCACGGCUCAGCUGGGCAUGGGGGGGCGGUGCAGGGAUUUUUGCUACCGGUUCUCUGAACCACCCGCCUCCAUCGCUACCGGAUUGUGCGAUCCGGUCUGAACUGGGAGCAUUUCACCCCUGGAUUAAGGCCAGAUUUCAACCAGGAAGGCAUUGAGAUGUAUAGACUUUGAUUCCCAGAAUUCCCCCAGCCAGUCUGGGGUUGAGCCACACUGAUUUCAGGUGAUGCUAACAGCGCGAUCAAUUUCUUCUUCUUCUUCUGCAUAGGUCUCUCUGUUUAAACCAAGGCAUUGUGAGCUCUCGGUGAACGAGAGGUUUUUAUUGCUCAGCUGGGGGUGAACACAAAAGGCGAGUCUCGACUAUCAAGAGAAAUGCAUUUUUAAAAGCUAUAUAUAAAUAUAUGUGUUGCUUUCUUCAUGUUGUCUGGUUUGCAUUCUCCUCCUGCUCUUCUCCUCCCCAGCCCUUGCCCCAUUUAUAAAAAAUAAACUUUUGGAAAUUUG